AUGACGUUGAGCUGCACAGCAAGGGCUCUCAGAUUCUCGUUAUUCGUGUUCAACCUCGUUUUUCUGGUGGGUUUGAUAUGCUUUCAUAAUAUUGCGGAGGAUUUCUAUAUAAUUAGGUCUCAAAUUAGUUUUUUGCAACUAUGUUCUAAGUACACUUUUUGGGCCGGAGUAGAGCUGCAAUGUAGAGCGCUUUUUGGAGUAUACUAUCUACAGCACCCGCCCUGA